CAUCGGUAAUGUUACACUGCUCUCCUGCUCUCUCUCCGCCCUUGCCCAGAGACAGGUGUUGAGAACACAUGCCUUCAUCAAUGAACGCUCUUGGCUAAAAAGAAAAGGGGGAAAAAAAAAGUUGACACCGCCAUAUCGCCGCUGCGUCGCCGAUGGAAUGUGCCUAAUUCUUACCCUGUAGCCUUUAUGUCAGCCGAUGGCAAACUUAGGCGACUGCAUGAGAGAAAUGGUCAGAUUUGAAUCAUGCCGUUCGAAUUACGCAGUGCAGUGUAUAUUUAUUUAUUUUUUUCGAUGAGGGAUGGAAGUCGCCUUUUCAACAGCCUAGGAGCUAUCCUUGAAUCGUGGCGUACCUCGGAUUCGGGCAUUCUUUUGUGGGAUUUUAGGAGGAAACUUGCUUAAAGGUUAUGGCUUCAAGCUCCGCUAAAGCAACGCAGCCCGCUGGAGCUUGCAAUGGGACUGCAGCAGACUUCCCGAACAUCGAACAGGAGCUGUAUGACUACCAGAUGCACACAAAAAUGUGCAAGAAAAUCGCACAGCUCACAAAGGUGAUCUACUCCCUGAACACCAAGAAUGAGGAGCAGGAGGCGGCGCUCCUGGCACUGGAGGAGUCUCACCAGGAGGAGCUGCGACGGGCCGUGGAUGAGGCUGGGCGCAGGAGUCGCACGGAGGAGGAGGAGAAGGAGGAGGAGGUGGAAAGAGGAGGAGAUGAGGAGCUGAGGAGGCGCCUGGAGAUCCUGGAGGGCUCCCUCGAGGAGCAGCGGCGGCUGAACUCGGAGAUCCGGGCGGAGUUCGAUGCCUAUCGAGAGGAGGUGGAGGUGGAGCGGGCUGUGGGGGCCCCCUCAGAGGAGGACCUGGACGUGAGGAGGGACCUGGAGGCCAGGCUGGAGGAGCUCAGCAGGCUGACGGAGCAGCUCCAGGAGGAGAAGGAGGAAGCGACACUAGCUCAGGAGGAGGCGCAGGCUGAGGCUGAACAGGUGAAAGAGGAGGUGCGGGAGCUGAGGGAGGAGCGUGAGGAGCUGAGCAGGAGGGUGGCGGAUGACCUGGCCCUACAGCAGGAGGUGCAAACCCUCCAGGAGGAGAACCAGCGUCUGGACGAGGCCUGCCAGAGGGCAGUGAGCCAGCUUGAGGAGGCGCAGAGGCAGGAACAGGAGGUGCUGAGGAGGGGUCUGCAGGAGGCCCUGGCGCAGUGGCAGCAGAGGGAGCAGGAGCAGGAGAAGGCCCAUAAUGCCUUGCUGCAGGAGAGGCUGGCCAGGCUGCAGGAGGACCUGGAGGGCACCACCAAGAGGCUGGGGGAGUCCAAGAGGCACUCCCUGAAAGCGCAGGAGAGGAUCCAGGACCUGGAGGGCCAGCUAGAGGAGGCGCGGCACAGAGUUGCAGGGGCGGAGACGGAGGCGCAGAAGGCUGACGAGGAGCUGGCUGUGGCCAAAGAGAGGCUCCUUCUGCAGGAGAACGAGCUCCUCUGCAAGUCAGAGGAGCUGCUGAGCCAGUGCUCGUCCCAGACCAAGGUGUCGGCCGAAGCAGAGGAGCUCAGAGCUCAGGUGGCCCACCUGCACAAACAGGUGAAGGAGCUGGAGCAGCAGACCAGCGGAAAGACCAGUGACCACGCCCGGCAGGUCAAGCAGGUAUGGCACGUGGAGGCCCUGUCGGCUCAGAGGCAGGAGCUGCAGAGGGCUCACGGGGAGGAGCUGUGGCUUGCUCGGCGCCAGGCGGAGGAGGAGAGGAGCCGUCUGAAGGAGCAACUGAGGAAGAGGAUGGAGGAGAUGAUGAAGAAGCAUGCCGCUGAGCUGAGGAGCGCACACACCUCUGCCGAAACUGAGCGGAAGAAGGCACAGCGGGAUCACCAGGUGCAGGUGGAGGAGGUGAAACGCAGGAGCGAGGAGGAGCGGAAGGAGGUGGAGAGAGAGAAGGAGGAGCUCCAGAGGAAGCUUCAGGAGUCCGUCUGCCAGGUUACCCCUGGCGCCCAGUUGGCCUGCUGUGCCUCAGUGAGGGAGGAGCUGGAGCAGGCCCUGCUCUCCCUGAGCCAGACCAAGGAAGACCUUGAUCAUCUGAAAGAGAAACACCAAGCAGAGAUUUCAGUCCUGAAGAAGGAAAAACAGACCCUGGAAGACAGAAUUUUAGAAAAGGCCCACAAAUACCAGGAAGAAAAAAAGAGGUCGGAAUGCGAGAGCGAAUUUCGGCGUCGUGAGCUAACGGAGCAGCACCUCGCUGCGCUUACCCGCCUACGCAGGGACAAGGACUCUGAAAUUAAAGAGAUAACGGACAGCUUUCAGAGAAAGCUGAAGCUGGAGGAGAAGAGGUUUGAUUCUGGCCCAGAAAAGAGACACAAAGGGGAAUGCCACACUGUCAUAGAGAGAGCUGGUCUGGAGAAGGACAUUAAAAAAACCAUGACAUUCAACAACAGCCUGAGGGCACAGCUACAGUCCACCAUUCAGGAAAACGAGCAGCUGAUGCAACACCAAGACAUGAAGGAGGCGGAGGAGCAGCUGUGGCAGCAGCACGAGGAGGCCCUGCGGGAUGAGUGGCUGGAACACCAGCAGGCUCUCCGGGCCCUGGAGGAGCGCAGCCAGGAGGAGCUGCAGGCCGAGAGGCUCCGUCAGCAGGCCCAGCAGAAGCUGCUCCUGGACAGGCAGAAGGCAGAGUUGACCCAGCAGCACUCAGAGUGGAGCAGGCAGCUGACACAGAGACACAUGCAGCAGAUCGAGGACCUGCAGGCUGAACUGCGCACUCACACCCAGCUGGUGGCGCUGCAGCAAGACUUUAAGCAGCAGAACCAGGCGCAGGCCUUCGAGAGGCAGCUGGAGGACAGCCGAGCCGAGGUGGGCAGUCUGCGGAGGGAGAACGGCGAGCUGAGGGAACAGCUGGCCACGCUGCAGUCCCAGCUGGAGGCCAAGACGCAGGAGCUGAGCCGCCUGAGAGACGCAGAGCAGCAGCACAGCUCCCCGGUCGCGUCUCUCAGGUGCUGGGAGGAGGGGGUGAAGGGCCGGCAGCACCUGGAGGUGGAGGGCCUGAAGAGGGAGCACAGGAAGGAGAUCCAGACCAUCGUCUCCGACUUCAGCUCCGCGCAGACGCGCCUGCAAGCGCGCAUCGUCUCCCUGGAAACAGAGCUGAGAGAGAAGGAGGAUAAACUGAAGAGGCGGGAGUCUCGGACGGAGGACCUCCAGGUGAUCGGGCUGCUUCAGGACAAGCUGAGCGAGAGAGACCAGGUCAUCAAACGGCUCGUGGAGGAGAGGCACCAUCUGCAUCAGCACCCCCUAGUGGUCAGCGAGAGCACCACGCAGAAGACGUAUGAGAACAGAGCUCAACCUGGGAGUCUGACUCCAACCAUGAGGAAAAAGAAAAUGGAGGACACGCCCCCCCGCGUGACCAGCGUCCCAAACCUCAGCUCCUACGAGAAGAGCUUCCUGGGGCCGGAAGGCAUGGCAGGGGCCGCGGGGGCCGGGGCGGGGGUGGGGGCCGCGGCAGGAGCAGGGGCCGGGGUGGGGUCCCCGCAUGCCGUCAGGUCCCCCAGCUUCGAGCAUGGCCGAAACACUCCCCGGACAGCCACGCCCACCACCCCGGUCCCGCCUCCCAUCCCAGAGUCUCGGCAGGGAGGGAGGUACAGCCGAGGGUCGUCCUCCGAAGACUUCCACCCGAGCCCCACCUUCUACGGCCAGCCGCCCAGGACCCCCGAGCAGAGAUCCCUGGAGCCCAGGCCCGAACCUCACGACCCGCAGAGGCAGGAGUGGUUCACCAAGUACUUCUCCUUCUGACCGCGAGUCGUCGAACACGAACAGACCCGCGCAGCGGCGUACGAGUCGCGUCCGUCCCGAGGCCUUUCUGAUGGGCGUGGGCGUCUGGAGGAUUCCCAAGACCACGUCAUACUGUGUGCAUCUUCAAUGGCAACAUAACCACUGCGUCAAAUAAAAUAUUUUCAGUA